AUGGCAAGAGAGAGAGAAAAAGAGAAACAGGGCAUGAGUGUGAGAGAGCAAAAGAGAGAGAGAGAGAGAAAAAGAGAAACAGGGCAUGAAGCGAGAGAGAGCAAAAGAGAAAAAGAGAAACAGGGCAUGAGUGUGAGAGAGAGAGAGCGAGAGUGUGAGAGAGCAAAAGAGCGAGAGAGUGAGAGAGCAAAAGAGCGAGAGAGUGAGAGAGCAAAAGAGAAACAGGGCAUGAGUUCCCCGAGGGGGGACGCCCCGUAG